GAGAGACAGGCACACACGCAACGGGAGACUGAAAAUAUACAGUCAACGUCGUGGAGAUAAAAAGGAUACUAUCAAUCACUAUACCGGACAACACCAGAGGGCCUCACCAACAUUUUUGUGACAAAAGAAGAUUUUAAAAGGACCCACGAUCUCCCACUUUAAGCUGACGCGUCUUCUCUAUAAGUAUACACAACCAGUGGUUAAAGAAAAUGUUCUAGAUGUAAUGUUUUUGUGUUAGUGAACAAAAGGCUUUUGAUUUUAGGCAUAUUGUCACGCUUUGAAGAAGAAGAAGAAGAAGAAGAAGAAGAAAAAAAAACAACAAAAAACAAACAACAACAAAAAAAAAAAAACAAACAAACAAAAAAACAAAAAAACAAAACAACGACUGAUGUCAAAUCGAAAAAACGUUUAAAAUGUGACCAUUACAGAUUUGCGUCGGUCCCUCUAAUGCCACUUUGUCGGAUUUAAGGGGGCGUCUCCUGGGAAUCAGGACAGUGGAUGUGUCUCGUUUUGUAGACGGGACGAGUGUAAGGAGAGCGGAAGGAAAGUGCGCUCUGGAGCUGUCCAUUCAGAACCACACACACGUUACUCUACCACCAGCGGCACACCACAUUCCAUCAACCUCGCACCUUUGCCGGAGCUCAUGUUAUGGACCACAAUGCUUUUAUCUUUUCUGCGUUGAUUCAAUUUUUGUCUCAUACUCUCUUCUUAUUUUUACCGCUGUUAACAUUUGCGCACAUGCAUCCACCUGGUCUUUCAGCGUUGUAAUGCCUAGCCCGUGCUCAAGACAUGCCUGAGCGACGAGAUGGGCCAGAGCGACGAGAAAGACCGUGUUGUGAUUAACGUGGGAGGGAUUCGACACCAGACGUACCGCAGCACCUUGCGCACUAUACCCGGCACUCGUUUAGCCUGGCUUGCCGAGCCCGAUGCCCACAGUCACUUUGACUAUGACGCCCAGAUUGACGAGUUUUUCUUUGACCGCCACCCAGGAGUUUUUGCACACAUCCUUAAUUACUAUAGGACUGGCAAGUUACAUUGCCCCGCUGAUGUUUGUGGUCCUCUUUACGAGGAAGAGCUGGCCUUCUGGGGAAUCGAUGAGACAGAUGUGGAGCCGUGCUGCUGGAUGACGUACCGGCAGCACCGGGAGGCCGAAGAGGCGCUGGACAGUUUCGGUGGAGGGCCAGCUGAAAUGAGCAUUGACGAUAUGGAAGGAGAUGGUUUGGGUGAUUCAGGGGAUGGAGAUGAGGAACUUGAGAUGACCAAACGGCUGGCCCUGGGGGAUUCACCUGACGCAAAGGCUGCGGGCUUGUGUCAACGUUGGCAGCGCCGUGUUUGGGCACUCUUUGAAGACCCAUAUUCCUCGAAAUAUGCAAGGUGGGUGGCAUUUGCUUCGCUGUUCUUCAUACUGGUUUCCAUAACCACAUUCUGCCUGGAGACACACGAGGCCUUCAACCCCAUCAUUAACCGCACAUAUAUUAACCCUCAUGACAACAGCUCCAGGAUUAACCAGGAGACAGAGACAGUGGUCUACCUAACCUACAUUGAGGGAGUGUGUGUGGUGUGGUUCACCUUUGAGUUCCUCAUGCGUGUCACUUUCUGUCCAGACAAAAAGACGUUUAUCAAAAACACCCUCAACAUUAUAGACUUCGUGGCCAUCCUGCCAUUUUACCUGGAGGUGGGCCUGAGCGGGCUGUCUUCUUCAGAAGCAAAGGAUGUUCUGGGUUUCCUCAGAGUGGUGCGAUUUGUCCGGAUCCUCCGGAUCUUCAAGCUAACACGACACUUUGUGGGGCUGCGUGUUCUGGGACACACUCUCCGCGCCAGCACCAAUGAGUUCCUCCUUCUCAUCAUCUUUCUCGCCCUUGGAGUUCUUAUCUUUGCCACUAUGAUCUACUACGCAGAGCGAAUCGGUGCCAAUCCCAAUGACCCACGUGCCAGCGAGCACACCCACUUCAAAAACAUCCCCAUUGGCUUCUGGUGGGCUGUUGUGACUAUGACCACAUUGGGCUACGGAGACAUGUAUCCCCAGACAUGGUCAGGCAUGUUGGUGGGCGCUUUGUGUGCUCUGGCUGGUGUAUUAACCAUAGCCAUGCCUGUGCCUGUCAUCGUAAAUAACUUUGGGAUGUACUACUCUCUAGCCAUGGCUAAGCAGAAGCUACCAAAGAAAAAGAACAAACAUAUUCCCCGUGCCCCCCAGCUGGGCUCACCUAAUUACUGUAAGUCAGCCAUGAACUCGCCCCACCACAGCCCACCAAAUGACCAUUGCUCUCUUGUUGCCCAGGAGGAGAUUUUAGAAAUGAACAGAACAGAUCCCAAAGUGAACGGCGAGGCAGCUAAAGCAGCACUGGCCAAUGAGGAUUGUCCCCACAUAGACCAAGCCAUUUCCCCUGAGGACGGCCAGAUCUUUAACCCAAGCGAGCCAGGGGGAGAGACUCCUUGUUAUCUCCUGAACGUUGGCAGACGAUCCACAAACAUGGGAACCAGAGUGAGGAAUGGUUAUCAAAAGUCUCGAAGCCUGGGCACCAUAACCAGCAAGGCCCGAACGCUGGCCGAGGUGGUGUCGAUGUCUACUGGGUCCUGCGGCCCGCCAGUUCUCCUGCGGCGAUCCCAUUCUCCAAUCCCCUCCAUUCUCUAAGAGAUAGAGCAGUGGUGUAGUUAGAGAUAUCUCCAUGGGUCUUCCUCCUGCUCUGCUGCCUUCUGUUCUCUGCAGUGUUUGAUUUGGUCUGGUCUGUCUUGUUCUCAGGUCCUUGUCUUCUGGAACUGUGUUUUUGUCUCCUCUCUACCUGUGUUGGUUUUGCUUGUUUCUUGUCUUUACCUACUAGCUCUCAAAUAAUACAAAGCCAUCAGAGAAACCUCUGUGGCCAAAACAUCUCAGGGAAAGUUUGAAGUGUUCCCUAGUUACAAAUGUUUAUCAGUUAUAAAAGAACUGGGAUCAGAAACCUAUACCUUACUUUAAGAGCACAUUAUUGAUCCAGGGACCACUUCAGAAUGGGAAACCUCUGGCAAAAAGACUUGCGUCUUUUGAAGCAAACCCUGCCUUCCAGGUUAAAUGGAUUUGUGUUAAUUUUAUAAAGUCCAAAUCCAGUUUUGGAAUUUCAAUGAUUCAUUAAGAUUUCACUUAAUAUUUGUUUUCAGGGUGUCCCUCUUUUUGCGUGGGCACAUUCUUACAUAAAACCCUUUCUCACAUCUGGAAAGACAACAACUCAAUUUUUAUAUUAUUCCUGUUGCAUUUUUGUUCAGUUUCCCCUUUUUGCUUUUACUUUCCAUUUGCUCUGGUGGAAUUCUCCUCUCCCCUCUCUUUUUAUCUGUUUAAUGAGAUCCAAGGUAGGAGUUAUCAGGGGCCACACAUUUCCCACUUUGCAAUGAACAGCCUGAAAUUCUUCUGCAUGACACUACAGCAAGAGAGACGGUGUCUCUCCUUCCUCUGCAAUUAUUUCACUCUCUCUGCAUUUCUGUCCACCUCUCUUUUUCCAACUUUGGAUUUCAAAUGCAAUCCAUAUCAAAGUUUUUGAGAGAGAGAGAGAGAGAAAGAGAGAGAGAGAGAGAGAGAGAGAGAGACCAAUAGGAAUACCAGCACACUUAUAUUCUCAACCAAUUUUCUCCUCAUUCUGAGUUGAACAAAAAACAAGGCCCAUUGGCAGGAUGACCCUGAGCAAUCCCAUCCUCCCCUGUAUUUUCUACUGCAGAUUCAUGCAAAGAGGAAACUGCCCUAGUUAAGUAUAUGCAGUCAGAGGUGCUUAAAGUGACCUGAGAAGAGAGAAGCAUCUCAGAGGGGAAAUGAAAGCCUUGGGUUCCUUUCUCCAGCAUUUCUUGACUCCACAAUGGCAGGGAUUUGGGGCUGGAGUCCAAAGAAGGGACAUAUAUGUAGAGAGAAAGAGAGCACAGUAGAUCAUGUUGUUAGUCGUCACAGUGGCAAAUGUUUUUAUUCAGUAAGAUUCUGUCUUUAAUGCCCUCUGAUUGAAUAAGGGAGCACAUGGACCAGGACUUUUUUUUUAAAGGAAGCACUUCUUAAGGAAGAAGGACAAUACAUCAGCUGAAGAGUGCAAUGGAUGGAUAGCUUAAAAACAAGAAAAAUGAGUUUCAUUAUCACUAACAGCAGUACCUGCAGUGUCAUCAGUGACAGAUGUAGUGGACUCUUACCUGUUGCUUUUAGCAUGAGCAUGGUGUUACAUAAAAAAAAAAGAGAAAAAUAUUCUAUAUCUGUUAUGAAUAUCUGUACAAAACAAAUAUUUUCUCUGAGAGUUCUUCACUUUUGUAGAAUUUACAUGUAGCCAUGGAUAAUGAAGUAUUCAAAGACCAUGUUAUUUACAUCAGCAACAGAUUUCUUCAUUAUGUCUUUAAUUUGUUACUAACCACAGAUGAUGCUCUGGUCACAUUGACCUUAAAUUCUGAACGAGACACUUUAGUGGUUACUGACGUAAGAUAGAUUGUAUUUUCUCAAGCUUUCUAUGUGAUAAAUUCAAACAUUUCAACUUUGUUUCUGUCUGGCAUGCUUGUAAUUCUGGAUCUUAUAGAGAAAAAAACUGAGCAAAAUGAGUUGUUAUUUUGCUGUUCUAUGUCAUUAUUAGUGAAUAGAUCCUGUGGAAAUCUAUAGUGAGCAACUGUUUAUUUCACAUAUCAAGUGCAGAUUUUUCACAGUGUUAUUUCUGGAGGAAAAAAAAAAUCAAAAACAAGAAAAAUGGCAUCACGUUAAGAUGUUUGCUCUCAUUUCUUUUAGCUACAAAAACAAAGAAAAGCCAAACAGACGGAUGUAAAUUUACAUUAUAAGAGAAUUGUAUGCAAUUUAGAACUUUAGGGAAAACAAAUGCAUGCACUAUGUUAUGCAACAAUAACUGCAUAGAAAAACAGGAAAACAUGACUUCAACUAAAGCAUGAAAUAAAUUUUGUAUGAAAA